UGACCCAGGACAGAAAGAGCGUGAGCUUUGGGACCUCACCUACGCGUGCUGUUCCUGCUGCUGGCUGUGCCUCGCAAGGAGACUCCCCGGCAGCAUGGCCCCCAAGAAGGACUUCCCUGUGAAGCGGCCGGUAGCCCCACCUGCCAAACCAGCAGCUAAACCAGCUGGGCCAAAGCCAGGAUUCCUGGCAGGUAAAAGCAAAGUGCCAGAAACAGCACCGGCACCAACAGCACCGGCACCAGAGAAGCCCAAGGAGCCGCCCAAGGAGCCGCCCAUCGACCUUUCCAAAGUGGUGAUUGAGUUCACCAAAGAGCAGUUGGAAGAGUUCAAGGAAGCUUUCCAGCUCUUUGACCGAACUGGUGAUGGCAAGAUCCUGUAUAGCCAGUGUGGAGAUGUGAUGAGGGCCCUGGGCCAGAAUCCCACCAAUGCUGAAGUCAUGAAAGUUCUGGGAAACCCUAAGAGCGAUGAAAUGAAUAUGAAAACGCUGAGUUUUGAACAGUUCUUGCCCAUGAUGCAAACCAUCGCCAAGAAUAAGGAUCAGGGCUGCUUUGAAGAUUACGUGGAAGGAUUGAGGGUUUUCGACAAGGAGGGAAACGGCACAGUUAUGGGAGCAGAGAUCCGCCAUGUUCUUGUCACCCUAGGGGAGAAGAUGACCGAAGAAGAGGUAGAGAUGCUUGUGGCCGGCCAUGAAGACAGUAAUGGCUGCAUCAACUACGAAGCAUUUGUGAGACACAUCUUAUCAGGGUGAAUUCAAAUGGGAGUUGGUGCGGAUGGUCCUCAGCGGCUGAAGAUGACCUCCGGCUUCUUCUCCGAAACCUUCCUCCAGUUUAUCCAUCACAUGAUUGUGCCUUUUUACCUAUGUAUAAAACUGCUUUUGGUUCCCUCUU